AUGAAAAAAACUGGUGUACCAGUACCUGUUCUUGUACGGAAAAUGAGUGUUGAUUCUGAUCUAUAUCAUGCACAACGUACAUCGUUAACAAUGCGUCAACUAAUGGUUUUUAUGCUUCCAGUUGUUAGAGUUUGUAUUCCAAUAAUUCAAAAUACCAGUACAACGGCAGCAACGUCGACAGCAUUGUCGUCAAAAAAUAAACAAAAGAAUGAUAAUAAUAAUAAUAAUGAUAUCUCACUAUUUUAUAAAAAUGGACUUCAAAAACAGACCAUAAUCACUAUCACCGGACAAAAACAUAAAUCUGAUAAAAUGACGGCAAACAAUGAGACAGUUAAGACUAAUUACGUAGAACAAGAACAACAGUUAAUACCACAGAGAGAUGAUGGUAAAACAAUCAAAAUUGGGCGUCGUGUACCAUUUUCUGAUAAAUGUUUAGGUUAUCAAUGCAUUAAUUUGGAUGACUUCUUCGAUAUGGAGAACGAAUCACUAAUCGUUCCCGAUAAUCUACCACCCAUUUCACAGACAUUACAAGAUGCAUUAAAUUUGGCCGAUAAUCGCAAUGGUUUAUUUGAAAAAUUAAAACAAUGGCGUCACAAUUCGAUGUUGCGUAUUGAACAGUUAUAUCAUUAA